AAAGCAGCGACUCGCAACGUAUGCAAAUAGACACUAUCAAGUGCAAGGCUUACAAUUUGUAGUUGAGCGGAAAAAUUCGAGGAACGGGUUCGUUUUGUUAUAAAUACUGUCGGUUAAAAAUUGAUUUACAAGUGCCAUUUGCGUAAAGUUGCGGUGCACCGACACUCAUCAAUAUCAUCCUUAUUUAUAAGAUUAAGAAGUGAGGGGGUCAUAAUAUAUCUGAACCUAAAAACAAUCGCAAUGGAUGUAAAACUGUGUGCAUUUUGUUUCUUGAUAAAUUGUUGUUUAGUGUGCGCAGCGGAAUAUUCCUUUUCUGCAAAUGGCGAAACUCGGGACCACUGGAACAAACUGGCAACUAGUGAACUCAAGAAGGCAAAACAGAUAAAGCCAAAUAUUGCAGUAGCUAAGAAUGUGAUUGUUUUUCUUGGCGAUGGUAUGGGAGUAUCAACUGUGACUGCAGCGAGGAUUUUGAAGGGUCAACUUAACAAUAAAACAGGGGAAGAAGAAAUACUGAGCUUCGAAGAAUUUCCACAUGUUGGAUUGUCAAAGACGUAUUGUCAAGAUGCCCAGACUGCCGGUUCUGCCGGAACAGCUACUGCUAUUUUCAGUGGUGUCAAGACGAAUCUAGGGGCUUUAGGAUGUGAUGCCCGAACAAGAAAAGGUGAAUGUGCUUCCAUGACGCCCGGCUCAAAGUUAAAAGGCAUUCUACAUUGGUCCUUGGAUGCAGGCAAAUCUGUAGGUCUGGUUACAACAACACGGGUUACGCAUGCCACACCCGCGGCCCUUUACGCACACACGCCUGAACGGAAGUGGGAAAGCGAUGCCGAUUUUGACGAGGGUGCUGGAAACUGUACAGAUAUCGCUUCACAGCUGAUUGAUGAUAAUAUCGAUAUCCAGGUAAUCCUCGGAGGUGGUCGGGAAAAAUUUAUGAAAAACAACACAUAUGACCCUCAGAGUGGCCUACUCACGAAAGGGCGCAGAGAUAACCGUGAUUUGAUACAGGAAUGGCAACAGAAACAGGCAGAUCUUGGUAGGAAGUAUAGAUAUGUCUGGAAUAUGACGGAAUUCAAAGAUGUUGAUCCUGGAAAGACGGAUUAUUUGUUUGGGUUAUUCAGCAAAGAUGAUAUGAAAUUCGAAAUAGACAGAAAUAAAGAGGAACCAUCAUUGGCAGAAAUGACUGAAAAGGCAAUUCGAAUACUCAGUAAAAACAAAAAAGGAUUCUUUUUGCUUGUAGAAGGCGGACGGAUAGACCACGGCCAUCAUUUCGCACAGGCAGUCAGAGCUCUCCAUGAGACUUUAGCUUUUGCCGACGCCGUCGAAAUGGGAGUUUCAAAGACAAGCAAGGAGGACACUUUGAUUAUAACUACGGCGGAUCACUCGCAUGUUUUUACUAUUGGCGGAUACCCGACCAGAGGAAAUCCUUUAUUUGGAUUAACCCAAAGCCCGGCGGGUCGUAACACGCUGGCAAUUGACAACAAACCUUUCACGACAUUGAAUUAUGCAAAUGGACCGGGCGCAUAUGCAGAUGUAAAUGCAACUGUUAGACCUAACCUCACAAAUGUUGAUACAGAUCUGGAGUAUUGGAACCAUCCAAGCCGAAAUAUUCAAGCUGGAAAAUUAAACAGUACGCUAACACAACAUAACUGUCGUGACAAACGAUCUGAAGACGAUUUACAGAGACAGUUUAGAAAGCAUUAUGCACUUUCAUGGAUGUAUUAUCAUUUUAGUUUUGACUGUGUCAAAGUUCGAAAAGUUCAUACGACACUAUCCGACAAGGAUUACAGAAUACAGUCUGGAGUAAAGCUUAAAUCAGAGACGCACGGCGGGGAGGAUGUGGCUAUUUAUGCACAAGGACCAAUGGCUCAUCUUUUCCAUGGCGUCCAUGAACAGAACUAUAUCGCCCAUGUAAUGGCGUAUGCAUCUUGUGUUGGCGGUUAUUCAUCUCAAGAUUCUUGCGCUGCAUCUGACGUUCAGGAAAUUAACAGCGGUCUAUUUUUAGAAUCAAACGUAGUAGUUUUGGAAUUUGCUGUUUGGAUAAGGAUGUUUGUCUUUUAAAUGACGAAACAUGUAACAUACAAUAUACUAGACGGAUUAUUUUACCUCGUAUCAUUGUUAACUUCAAGGAAAUACAUGACAUUUAAGAACAAAGACCACUGUAUGACUAUCCGUUAAACAUUUGCGAUACAUGUCAUUUUUCUCUGGUAUUAUGUCUAACCCGUUACAUAUUAUCUUUUGUUAUUAACAAUAUUAUGAUGUAUUUAGGUAAUAUUAUACUCUAACAGGUUCUAUGGAACGCAGCAACUAUCUUACACUUUGUUAUCAUAAAAUAUCCCUAAAACAGGGGGAAGUAACGUACAUAGGAUACAGUAUGGUACAUGAACCACACACACCUGAAGAUAAUACAAUAAUGAUGUAUUCUGAGAAAGAUACCAAAAUGUCAUUAUAAUUAUUUUCCCUCUGAGCCAUAAUCAGGGUAAAAAAAUAUUUGACAUGUACAUUGCUUCCAAGUCCGCAUAUUUAAAAAGAAAUAUUUUCUUACCAAUGAGUGACAGUAUAUAUUCUUUUAGAUAAAUCUUUCUUCGAUGUCCAGUUGUAAACAGUUUACGCACAACAAGCGAGCAAAAGAGUACAAAGCGGUAGUUUUCUCUCCAUCCGAAUCAUACAUUUUCCCCCUAAAAGCACACCAAGCACACCGUGCAAAUAAAGAUAAAUUAACAGCACUAAAACCAGGUUCAAUCCUACUUAGUUACUUUACAUCCAGGUUAGAUAAGAUUUUAUCGCUAUGUAUAGUAACUGUCACCACCAAUGAAAACGCUUUUAUAUCUGCCGUUUUAUCAUCGAAUAUCAUGACAUGCGAAGAUAAGUUGCGAAAGUAAACAUGUUAAAUAGCAAACCUGUAAGAAACUAAGAUAAGCCAGCAUCCCGUUAAAUUGCUUAAAGAAAAUACAUUGCUACAUUUGUAUUUCGCUUGAAUUAAGAUUGCCAAGAAUACGAAGAUUUUUGAGUCGGCUAAAGGCUGAAAGCCUUUUGACGAGUCCUUGCUAUCCAACGAUUCUCUAAAUGGACCAAAUAACACAGUGAAGGGAUGUAGUUCCAUUAGAUUUCUCAAACUUCAAACAGUUCACUUCAUGAAUGAAGUUAAGUUGUGUCAAUUCCCUUUGCUAUGACCAAUAUACGAUGUAAUCUGUCAUAUUUAUGACUUGUAAUUGUGCAAUUCUCGAAUGUAACUCAUUAAGCAUAAAUGUGCAUUUUAAGAAUUGCGCAGGCUUACAAAGCUUGGGUAACAUCCAGCGAAAGACAAAAAAUAGUUCCAGCAGGGCUCCAGAUAAGAUGCGUAUUAGCGUAAAUUACGUAUAGAAAUAAUGCAAAUACGCAUGUCUAAUAAUUUCUAAGCGUAUAAAAACGUAUAAAAAAUUACAGAAACGCACACAAUGCUUUUUUAAAAACAAAAUCUGAAUCGUCUGGAUGCGUUAGGUAACAUAGCCGAUCAGCUUUAAUUCUCCCACAUUGAACGUAAACACGCAUCGUAUGAUUUCUAUAAACUUUGCGUGGGUUGAAUUUUGCAGUCAGUAAACGGAUAAAUUAUCGGAAGAAGAAGCUCUUACUGGUUUGUUUAGUUACUACUGAUAUUAAAAAUGAUUUUAAUUCUUAUUUUUCGAGAAAUAAACAAAUCGGCGAAACAUUAAAUUGUAUUUUCUUGUAGUUUUUGAAAUCGAAAGUAGAUCGUCUAUGUUUGGCGAAACGAAACAACUUUUUUAUGAAAAGAUUUAAAUAAGAGGUAAUUUAACCGUAAACUUCAAUGUCAGAUACUGCCAAUUAAUUACUGCCUGUAAAAUAUAUUGUUCAAACUGGAGAAAAGUGUAAUCGUAUCCGGAUAUAAUAUUUUGGGUAAAUAUCGAGCUGUGUUAUGAAAUUUUAAGAAAAAAACUAAAAACAAACUGAAACUGGUAGACUAUACUGCCAGUACAUCAAUCAUUAGCCGACUCAGGCCAUUCAGGCCUUUGAUUAUUAUUGUUCAGCAAAGUACUAGAAUGAUAAGGUGGCAGAUAUAAACGUCUAUGACUUAUUGUGUUCUCAGGAUUAAAAAUUAAACUUUGUUCGUCCAUGCCACAUUUUUAACCUGUUCCAUCGACUGUAUUGACGCUGAUUGUCUUUGGAGUCUGAUCCUAUUUACCUAACAGCAUAUACAUGUAUGCGUUAACACAGAAAGAAACUUAUUUUUCUUAGUGAUCGAACAAAUAACAUUGCUGUUUUGUUUAUAUAUUAAACAGAAAAAAAUG